CGAGCACGGAGGAGCCAGCAAACUGUUUCUCUUUAAUAAUAGAGACCAGUAGUAAGCAGAAACACUACCGAUCGACACAUACCACAGGCAAGAAGGGCCGGGAGAGAGAGAGAGAGAGCUUGGCGCUCGAUCAUCAGGCACCAUAAUUCGUUCGUCGUCAUGGACGCCACGAUCGGAGAGUCGGCACCGUCGGUGGAGAGGGCGUUCGAGGGGCAGCCGCAUCCCGGGUUCUGGGGGCUGGUGACGCCGCGAUCCAUGGCCGUCGCGGUGGUGUACGCGUUCGUGUUCUCCAUGGUGUCGAUGCGCAUCUACAUGAUAGUGGGGCUCGUCGGCGCCUUCAACAUGCCCUCGAACAUCCUCUGCUUCGUCACCCUCCGGGGCCUCGUGUCCCUGCUGCGGCGCUGCGGGAUCGCCGCCGCCCCGUUCACCAGGCAGGAGAACGUCUUCCUCCAGACCAGCGUCAUCACAUGCGUCAACGUGGCGGUCGCAAGUGGUUUUGCGACGUACCUUGUUGCAAUGACGUCUGAUCUGGCGAAAUCUCUGAGUGAGAGUCCAGACAAGGAAGACGUUGUUGAGGACGUGCCGAUGGGGAGAUACGGGCUACUGAUUUUCUUCGCUAGUACGCUGGGAAUAAUGGCAAUGAUACCCAUGGUGAAGGUCAUGAUCCUUGAUUACAGACUGCUAUUUCCAACAGGCUCAGUUGUAGCUCACCUUAUAAAUAGUUUUCAUACCCCUCAAGGAGCAUAUGUAGCAAAACUGCAGGUUCGUGCUUUAAUAAAAGCAUUUGCCGGAAGCAUUUCUUGGUCUAUAUUCCAAUGGUUUUAUACCGGAGGUGAUAGUUGUGGAUUUCAGGUCUUCCCAACAUUCGGGCUGGAACUAUAUAAGCGCAGAUUCUAUUUUGACUUCUCUGCAUCAUGGGUUGGUCUUGGUAUGAUUGUUCCACAUGUUGUAAACUUCGGGUUGCUUUUUGGAGGCUGCAUAUCUGGAGGAAUCAUAUAUCCUUUCCUUCAAAGUAAAAAAGGUCAAUGGUAUCACACUGAAAAUCCAUCAUCUUUGAAUGGAAUUAACGGAUACAAGGUUUUCAUGGGCUUAACUAUGGUGGUCACUGAGGGAAUUUAUAACUUCAUUACACUCAUGACUGUAUUGUUACUUGAUUUCUACAACAAAAAGAAAGAGAAUGAUUCAGGGGUUUCUAAGUAUAUGUUGAAACACCCCAGUCUUAAUUAUGAUGAUCGUAAAAGGCUUGAGGUUUUUCUUGAUAAUCAUAUCCCUAUUAUUGGAGGAGUGGUUGGAUACAUUGUAAUUGGGACAAUGUGUGCAGUUGUUACCCCUUGGAUCUUUCACCAAAUUAAGUUCUAUCAUAUAGCCAUAUUGUUCGUAACAAUUUUUCCACUUUUCUUCUUCAGUAACACAUAUGUGACAGGACUCACAGAUUGGUCAGUUUCGACAACCUAUUGCAAGGUUGUACUUUUCAUUAUAGCAGCAUGGAUUGCCAAACCCGGUGCAGUUAUUGCUGGCCUUGUAGCUUGUGGUCUAGCAUUGAUAUCCCUUAAUGUAUCUUGUCAAGCAAUGCAAGAUCUCAGGACAGGUUAUAUGACACUGACUUCUCCAAGAGUUGUAGUUGCAGGGCAUAUGUAUGGUGUACUAAUUGCUUCUGUUAUUAACCCACUCAUCUAUCUUUUCUUCAAAGCGCAUGCAAGAAAAUCUGGCCCCCUUGGAACAAAGAAUUCGAUAUACCCAUGCCCCUCUGCAGCAGUGUAUCGUGCCAUUGCCCUACUUAGUACUGGAGGAGUAAAGGAGCUACCUAAACAUUGUUUCACAUUCUGUUUCAUCACCAUCUUCCUAACAGUAACUGUUGAAACAGUUAGAUUGGUGUCUCAAAGAAAAGAUUGGAAAGUGCAGCAUUACAUCCCUUGUAUGACAGCAAUAGCACUACCAUUCCUUGUUGGACCUACCUUCACCAUCGAUUUUGCUCUAGGUUCAGUAGUAUUGAUGCUUUGGACUAAGGUAAAUCGACAAAGUGCAGCAUUGCUAUCAUCUGCAGUUGCAGCAGGCUUAGUAUGUGGAGACGGUAUAUGGUAUCUACCAUCAUCAUUAUUAGGUUUCUUCAAUGUGGAUCCUCCAAUCUGUAUGAGAUUCCUAGCAAGUGGAAAACCAGCGGAGAUGGCAGAUGCGUUCUUAAGUACAUUGGGGACAUGAGGAACGCCAUGAAGAACAUAAGCAUAUAUAAUUUUAUUAUAGGGAUUAGUGGAAGCUAUUGUAAAGAUGCACACUUGUAUUUCUAUGUUAUGUAGCUUAGUUUUCCAAAUAAAAUGAUACUUUUUCAUA